UACCAGUCUAGGGCUGAGACAACAAACCACAACAACACCCAUCUUAUAACAAUGGCGGAUGUUCCUGCAGCGUUUCGAGAUCAACUCAAAGCUUUCGAACUUGAUGUUGUCCAUUUCACUGGUGAGGAACUAGGAAAAGGCUCUUAUGGAAGUGUAGAAAUUGUAGAAGUGACCGGAGAACGCUGUGCAGCAAAAAUUCUCCAUGAAGCUUUAGUGGAAUCUAACUCAAGGUUGCCCAACCAGAGGGCUAGAGGCCGUGGAUACCAGCCAAGAUCUCUCAUAGAAGCCUUCACGACUGAAUGUACGCUAAUGAGUGAAGUUCGCCAUCCUAACAUUGUGAGGUUUCUGGGUAUUUGCUAUCAUAGGCCGGGGGAAAGCAUUCCAGUCAUUGUUAUGGAGCUGCUCAAAACCUGCUUACACGAGUUACUUGAGUCCGAGACGAGAAAAAGCCAAGUUAUACCGCUUUCAGUAAAGCUGUGUAUCUUGUUGGAUGUCUCUAAAGGCUUGGUACAUUUGCAUAGCCUGGAUAUUGUUCAUCGUGAUCUGACCGCUCGCAAUGUUUUGUUGAGUCAAUCUCUCACUGCUAAAAUAGCUGAUCUGGGUAUGGCUCGUUUGAUUGAGUUGAAACCUGGCCGACAAGAAGCGACGAUGACAAAAGGUCCUGGAAAUGCCAACUACAUGCCACCAGAGGCCAGAGAUGGUGGUCCAAUGACAGCCCAGUAUGGCAAACCAAUCGACUGCUUCUCCAUGGGCCACCUCAUUCUGUUCACUACCACACAGGAAUUUCCUGAGCCACUGUAUCCAACUUACUUCGACAGUCAAUCAAAGACAACCAAAGUUCGUACAGAGAUUGAGCGACGUGAAGAUAGUUUCCAAGCUGCCGUCACAGAAGUUGGGCAGGAUCAUCCGCUGCUGCAGGUGGCCUCACAAUGCUUACAGAACAACCCUCAGGUUAGGCCAAUAGUUUCUGAGAUAAUGAUGCAAAUUCAAGAAGAAGCUGUAGGUGAACUACGACAGAAAAAUUUAAAACUUGAGUCAGAUUUGAAUGAACAUCAACGUCAAUCUCAACAAGUUAUCGAUGAACUUACACGCGAUGUUGAGGAUCUCCAGAGCAAACACGUUGAGGCAGUCAAGGAAAAGGAAGCUCUGUUGAAGAAACUGGAGCAACAACAAGAGGUUCACAAGCCCAAACCAGUCAUACGGAAUGAAGUUAGCUACCCACCUAAGACGCCAUUUUCACAAGAACAAACACCUCCUAAUACUGCCAUUGCCAACACUGUGCCUUAUGAUGCAGUGGGUGAAAUAUCCGAAGAACAUAUUGUUGAUCCUGAAGCCAAUAAAGAAGAACACAGAGGUGAUACAAGAGAUGAUAAUUUGGUGACACCAGAAUGGUUGAACGAAAUUGCUUCUGAAGAUCGUUAUGGCUAUGAUAACUUAAGGCAAUCUAAGGGCUUCAAAAAUUACGUCAAAGCAGCCCCUGACUUGAAGCAGAAGACGGCGGUAUCUGAGACCCUUGGCCACCAACAAACCAAUGAACCAUCACCUAACCUACCUAACCUGGACACUCCCGAGCCUGAUGCUACUCGAGUACAAGCUAAUCACUGGCAACACAAUACGUGUGAUUAUGAAAAUAGACCAGCUGGAUAUAAACCAGCUCCUGAAGUAAAACAGAAGACGGAGGUACCUGAGACUUCUGGCCACCAACAAACCAAUGAACCAUCACUUAACCUACCUAACCUGGACACUCCCGAGCCUGAUACUACUCGAGUACAAGCUUACGACUGGAAACACAAUACGUGUGAUCAUGAAAAUAGACCAGCUGGAAAUAAACCAAUAGCUAAACGUCGAAACAAACUUGAUGUGGAAAAAUCCUCCACUGGUUCACACCUACCCACACCUAGUAUUGAGACUCCCUACAAACCUCACACAAGUCCACUGAGCAGCUUAUUGUUAUCGAAUGAUUCCGGUGACUUUCGUAGUGCACGCAGUCAACAGCCUACAACUCUCAAUAACACAACAGAUGAUCAUUUGUAUCUAAAACAAGAUGAUUUUGUAGUUGUGAGUAGUCCAGAAUCUUCAACACAGCCUACCACUACUGAUAAUAUCGGGAGUCAAGAACGUGAGCACACAGGAGAAUAUGAAUAUGUUAGCAUAGAUUCUUCAACCACUACUGGGAGUCAAGAACGUGAGCACACAGGAGAAUAUAAAGAUGUUAGAAUAGAUUCUUCAACACAAGAACUGAUUAAUACCAUCAUCAAUUUAGAUUCAAGUGAGCAGCCUCCCUCACGUCCUCCUGGUAGCUUGUCUCCACAGCCUGCCUCACGUCCUCCUGGUAGCUUGUCUCCACGUACACGCCCGAGAUUAGCAGCAGUGUCUAAAGGAAGCCCUACCACAUCUGGAUCGUCCAUCGUUGCGACACCACACUCGGCUACUGCUACUGCUCUGUCUCCACUGUCACCAGAUGUGGCAGUGUCUAAGAAGCAUCUUGGUGCAAUGUUGUCUAAUGCUGUGGGUCGUGAACAAUCAACCACACAUACUAAUUUAGAUAAAGGUCCUCGAUCUCCAGUUAAGUCUCCGCUGCCUACCAAUGUGGAUGGAGCAUGGACUUGUGAUUAUUGUACUAAUCUUGUGUUUGAUGGUAACAUUUGUGAUGUUUGCUCUCAUGCACGUACCACUCUAGUAUAACUUUUUUUGCUCAUGUGAUUCAUUCGUUUUGAAGUGAUAAAUGUCAUAUAAUAAUUAUUCAUGUGA